GCCAGGGACACGGCCUCCUCGACACGAGUCGGAUACAUAUUUUAUUUCUCUUUUUUAAAAACUGGCCGAUUUAUUUCUUUGGAGCACCCGACACUUCGAAGGAUUACUCGCUUUCGCCAUCUUGCUCUCUGUGGGGAACUCCUUGGCGAAAUGAACAAUAAAUUCCAAGCCCUGAAAGAUGAUGAUAGUGGAGACCAUGAACAUAGUGAAGACAGUGAAUUAUUGAAAGAGAAGGAAACAGAAGUGUGUGAUCAAGAAAAGAUUCAAAGCACAGCCAAACGAAAGGCAGUGACACCUGGAGCUGGUGAACACCCUCUACAGUAUAACUACACCUUCUGGUACUCCAGGCGCACACCAAGCAGGCCAGCCAACACUCAGAGCUACGAACAGAACAUUAAACAGAUUGGAACAGUUGCGUCAGUAGAACAGUUCUGGAGGUUCUACAGCCAUUUGGUGCGGCCGGGUGACUUGACCGGACAUAGUGAUUUCCACCUCUUCAAAGAAGGCAUCAAACCCAUGUGGGAGGAUGAGGCCAACAAAAAUGGUGGUAAAUGGAUAAUACGCUUACGCAAAGGCCUGGCAUCCCGGUUUUGGGAGAAUAUUAUUUUGGCAAUGUUGGGGGAGCAGUUUAUGGUUGGAGAAGAGAUCUGUGGUGUUGUGGUGUCGAUCCGGUUUCAGGAAGAUAUAAUUUCGGUGUGGAACAAGACAGCCAGUGAUCAAGCAACUACUGCUCGGAUACGUGACACUUUGCGCCGUGUGUUGAAUCUACCACCUAGCACUAUUAUGGAGUACAAGACGCAUACAGACAGUAUCAAGGACAACUCCAGCUUUCGGAACACGAAGAUUGCAGUGUAAUACAGAAUUCCACAGUGCACGACUCCUCAGUUUGGCAUAACAUUUGAACUACAGCAGUGGAGUGUCAAAAGGCAUUGAAAAACAGACUGGUGUUAGACACCUUGUCACUAUGAAUUUAUAUUGUUGCCUGUUGGGCAAUUGCAAGUACAAAUGAUAAACAUUUUACUUCUGUGCAGAUCCUUUCCCUCUGUGGAGGGCAACGGUUUAUUGUGAAAUCUUUAGUGGGUUUCUUGUCAGCUGUAUAAGAGUGGGAGGACACGUCCUGAGACUGGCUGUUGUUGCAGGACUUUGACUGUCAUUACCCAUUCUCUACCUCCAUUGGUAGAUCCUGACUAAACUUAUCACCUUGAGAUCUGAUUAGCUUUUUCAGCUUAAUCCUUCAAUUGCUGGGCCUUUAAAUUUUCAGUUUCAGUGAAGAAACAGAGAUUGGAAUGCAUAUCAUCUUUUAGAAAUAUAUUUUGUAAAGUGAAUAUUGAAAUUAUGCAAUGUUGGUAUUUUUGUGAAGGGACUUAACAUGUUAGUAUUAAAUUUCUUAACCUUGGAAAUCUGCUUACCCAUUUAAGAUAAAUAGUUUACCACUUAAUUUAAAUACUGAACAAAAGUUAGGUAUUACAGAGUUAAGCCUGUGUUUCCAUAAAAUAAUUUCAGUGCUGCUGUUCCCCCCACCCAAAAAUUGCAUAAUUAUUGUAUUGCUACAAUAAAAGAAAGUGACGUUUUCCCCAGGUUAA